UCUUAGAAUACAUUUUAUAAAAGCUCUUUGUUCCUUUUAGUUAGACGGAAACCCAAACUGUCACAUUUUCAAAUAUGCAAAUAUAUGAUAGUCCUCCUUUUCGAAGAUGCCUAGUUAUUAACAUGUAUAUGUGGUACAUUCACAAAACCGCUGAUUCACUGGAAGUAAAUGCCUCAUAAAGUGAUUACAAAAAUCAUAUUUGUGUAUUUUAUGUUGCUUUUCUAUUGAUUAAAAUAAUUAAACCCGAACAUGGUAAAAAUUAGUUGUUUUCAAAAGUGCAAUUUAAGUCACAUUACUGUUGCUUGCUAAAGUGCUUAAUAUUAAAAGUCCCACCGGAUUUGCUGCAAAACUGUAGAUAUUUGUAAUUUAAGACCCUUGUCACAAUGUGAGUUAGUAGUAAAAUACAGGUAAACCACACACUUUAAAUAUUAUUUUCCUCAUACUGUUCCGCUACAGUAUGACUAGCCUCUUAUUUCCUUGUUACUGCAAAGUGAAGAGGGACUGAAGAGAAACUGCAUCACACAUGGGUAAUUAUUAAAAUACAUUAUUUAUUUUUUAAUUUUAAUUUUGGAAUUGCACUAGGGUUGAACAGUAUUUUUCAUAUCAGGAAUAAACUUUCUAUUCCUUUUAAACAGGAAUGGUUUCUGUUAUGAAACUAUCGUAUCUAUUUCAGAGUGGAUGCUGUAUGAAGGUUUGAGGCUUUUGGAGGUUUAAGUGGACCGUCAUCUCAACCCUCAACAUGUCUGAUGCACAGCUGAUGAACAUUUUUGAGGAGCUGAACCGGCUUUCCUUUCGCAGACAGCAGCUGACUGACAAACGCAAUAUGCUGGCUUUGCUCAUCCAGUUCAAGCGAAACAAUGGCCAGAAUGAGCAGCAUUAUUCCAGUGAGACUGAAGAACUUAAAGAGAUUGAUGAGCAGCUUAAGGUUCUCACUCAAAAGAAGCUUGAACUGGAGAGUUUGCAAGAAAGAUUGGGAGGCAGUCAUUUAAUAGAAACAACUGUUUCAUCCACAUACAGUCCGCCAUCUUAUCCAGCUCCGCAGGUGAUUGUGGAGAUUGAGGAACUUCCUCGACACUCAGCUCGGACACAGUGUCCAUUCUGUCACCAGUAUAUAACCACAGAAGUCACAACCAAAGCUGGCAGUGCUGUCUAUAUUGUGUGUCUUAUUUCCAUUCUUUUUUGUUGUAUAGCUGGUUGCUGUGUCAUCCCGUUCUGCUUGGAUAGAUGCAAAGACGUCGUUCACAAGUGUCCAAAAUGUCGGAGUCACAUAAUAACAUGCAAAAAGCUCUGAGGAGGGGAACGUUUGAAUCCCAUAAUGUGAACUGACCUGAAAAGGUUGCUGGAAUUGUUUCAGCUGAUGUCAUCCUGAACGUUUUACAGGGACAAUCCCCAUGGAAUUACCGGAAGUGGCUUUUUAAAGGGGUCAUAUGACGUUGCUAAAAAGGACAUUAUUUUUCUGUAUUUGGUGUAAUGCAAUGUGUGUAUGCAGUUUAAGGUUCAAAAAACACAUUCUUUUCCACAUACUGUACA